AUGCCGCCGACGAUUGAAGAUUCACGGACGAAACAUCCUGUUCUGCAUGAAUGCCGUAUCGCAUGUCACGGCUACGGUGUCGACGCACAAUCCAUGUUUGUCAUUCAACUAUCCGUGAAGCAUGACGACUUACGCAAGGUGAGCAUUGCCGCGGACGAGAGCACCGUGCGGAAUACGUUUAAACAUUGGCUGGGUGGAAUGAAAACCGAAGUAGAUGGGAUCAAAUAUGUGCCGAAAUUUAUUAAUCCAGUUGUGUACGCAACUGGAACUGUUUAUGAAAACGAUGAAAUCGUAAGAUACGGCGAACAGAUUACUGUUGGAGAAUCUACGGAAAGAACAGAUUUGGAGCGGAAAUUACAAACCAAAAUCAGUUGGUUCGAGGCGGAGAAAAUUACUGUUAACGUGAAACAAUCCGUACCAGCAAAAUCGCAGUUGACUGUCACUUUGUUCAAUUCUGCGAAGGAAAUGGAGAGAAGUGGCAUGAUUCUCACGCGCAAUUACCCCCUCCGAAUCAGUCACGUGAAGCCCCGAAUUUCUACUGAAUUCCGAUUCCAUGUUCAGAAUUUCGAGAGAGGCUCCAACACCGAAUUUGUAGAGCCAACGGCAACUCUGUUCCACAAAAUGACGGUCGGGUCCGCACUGCUUGAAAAAGUCCAGGGUUACGAAAAUCUGUGCAACCAACUUAUCGUACAGUACAGAUACAAUUCAAGCGGGUUGGAGCACGAGUGUAAAAUGCUCCACAAUACUGUUUUGGACUCAUCGGUCACAUUACGUUUGCGAUUGAAUCGGGAUGGGUUCGCACUGCCGAAUCCGAUAGAUUACGUUGUCAAAUGGAACGAAUAA